AUGGUGGGAGAUCUUCAAGCGCUUAGUGACUUAGCGGCUUCGUACUCAGUUGGCAUUGCCUACGAGGCUGUGGCUUGGGGUACCUAUAUCGAUACCUGGGAGGAAUCGCUCCGGGUGGUCCAAGAUGUGAACCGCGGGAAUUUUGGUCUUUGUCUCGAUUCUUUUCAUGUGGCUGCUCGAGUGUGGGGAGAUAACACGGUCGAGAGUGGUAUCCGCGAAGAUGCCGAUUUGGAUCUGCGGAAAUCGCUCGAUAGAUUCGUUGAGACUUGCCCUUUGGACAAGAUAUUCUAUGUACAGCUGUCCGAUGGAGAGAAAUUUGUACCUCUAUUGCGGCCGGGACACCGCUUUUAA